AAGGUGGCUACUGUAUAGCAAGCAUCUUACACAACUSAACUACCGGUUAUUAUUAUUGUUAUUGGCAUUAUUUUUKAAAUUUUAGGCAAAAUGCGUUUCAGCUCGGCGGUGUGGUUGUUACCCCUCCUUUUCGCUUUAACUGUGGCACAAUUUUCGAGUUUAUUCAACGCUCCGAAGAAUAUAGGAAGCGGUUUUAGCAACUUCUUGARCGACCUGAAUUCUUCAACUCAUGAUGACUUCUUGAUAAAAACCGGCAAAAGCUAUUUGGAUGCUGCUGAGAAGCAAUUACGUGAAGCACAAUUUAAUGCAAAUAAAAAUUUGGUGGCCUUGACCAAUACCGCCAAGAAGGGUUAUACAUUGGCGUUGAACAAGUUUGCCGACAUAACUAGCGCAGAGUUCUUGAAAUUCUUCUGCGGUAUCUCCAAAUCAGCUAGUGGCGAAGCAAAGGCCAGCGCAGAUCGUCAGGAAGCCAAACCGCCCACCACCAGAGUGCCAAACGCCUUCGAUUGGCGCACUAAAGGCGGUGUUACACCGGUGAAAUUCCAGGAUAAAUGCGGCUCGUGYUGGGCCUUCGCUACCACCGGCGCCAUUGAAGGUCACGUAUUCCGUAGCACUAAGAAAUUGCCAAAUCUUUCCGAGCAAAAUCUAAUCGAUUGCGGUCCAGUUGAUUUCGGUCUAAACGGUUGUGAUGGCGGUUAUCAGGAGUAUGCGUUCGCCUUUAUUAAGGAUGAGCAAAAGGGUUUGCAAGACAGCGCCUCGUAUCCAUAUGCUAAUCAAAAGGAUACUUGUAAUUAUAAAGCCGGAAAUAAGGUAGCCGAAGUAAAAGGUUUCGCGGUGGUCAAACCAAAAGAUGAGAAAACAAUGAAAGAAGUUGUCGCCACAUUGGGACCGUUGGCAUGUUCUGUGUACGCGCCGGAAUCGUUAUUGCUUUACAAGGAAGGCAUCUAUGCGGAUGAGGAGUGCAAUAAAGCCGAAGUGAAUCAUGCGGUUUUGGUUGUGGGAUAUGGCAGUGAGAAGGGCAAAGACUAUUGGAUUGUAAAGAACUCAUGGGACAGCAGUUGGGGAGAAGAGGGUUACUUUAGAUUGCCACGCGGUAGCAAUUAUUGUGGCAUCGCCGAAGAAUGCAGUUAUCCAAUUGUUUAAAUUAUGCGAAGGAUUAACUAAUUCUUCUWUAUAGUGUAAUUUGAAGAAAUAUACGAAUUUAUUAAAAAAA